CACAAACAGAUGAAAUCAAACAACCUUCAGAAAAUAAAAAAAAAUGGGGAAGUCCAAGAGAGACGAAAAACAAUACUGGCUACUAAAAACUGAGCCAGGAGAAUGGUCAUGGGAUGACCAAGCAUCCAACGGUGGCAUAUCCAAAUGGGACGGUGUCAAGAACCAUCAAGCUCUCAAACAUCUAAAGUCUGCCCGUUUACACGACCUCUGCUUCUUCUACCACUCGGGGACGAAGUCGCGCUGCAUAGUCGGUGUCGUAACCGUUGCCCGCGAAUGGUACGAAGACGACGUCGGUGUUGGGGGCGCUAUAGACGUGAAGGCGGUUGGGGAGAUGAGGAAGGCAGUUGAUUUGAAAGAGAUGAAACAAGAAGUGAAGAGUAAUGAGUUUGGGUUGUUUAGGCAGCCUAGAUUGUCGGUGGUGCCGGUACCGGUUGAUGUUUGGGAGAAGAUUUGUGAGUUGGGUAAUGGCUAUGAAGGGGAUGGUGUUUGUGUGUCUAAGGAUGAUGAAGAGCUUUAAGGAUGGCUGUUUAGUGGAGAGUCUUGGUUGUUGAUUUGGUGUUUGGUGAUUUGCAUAAGUGAAUGUAACGUUGUUGUUUGAUUUUGAAUCAUUGUGUUUACGGUUUACA